GGUCGAAUCGAGAAAGAGGCUGUUUCUGUGACGGUGAUUAGCGUACACAGAAAGAGUGAGGAAUCGUCGGUGUAUUAGUAUAUAACCCCGUCCAUAUCCUUUCUAUAAUGAUCAUCAUCCAGUUUCCACUCUCGGUCUUCUCUACCACAUCUUAAGAUCUACAGUCACUCCACAUCUUCGGAUCUUUGUACUCCAUUUCAACAUCGUCAACAUGAAGUGGCUCUUUGCUCUCCUUCCACUCGCCGCUGCGGCACCUGCUUUCCCCGAUGUAGCCCUCGGUGACGCCCCUCCCGCUGGCCAGGUCAAGAUCCGCGGUGUCAGCUACGGAGGAACCGGCUGCCCCCAAGGCACCAUGAGCUCCCAGAUCUCCGCAGAUAGGAGCAUCGUCACCCUCAUCUUCGACUCCUAUAUUGCCUCCAUCGGCCCCGGCAUCUCCGUCACCGAGCAGCGCAAGAACUGCCAGCUCAACGUCGACAUUGAGUACCCCGGAGGCUUCCAGUACUCGAUCCUAUCCGCCGAUUACCGUGGCUAUGCUGCCAUCCAGAAGGGUGUCUCUGGUACCCUCAAGUCAACUUACUACUUCUCCGGACAAACUGCUCAGACCUCCACCGAAUACGGCUUCACCGGUCCUGUCAAUGGCGACUACCUGAAACACGACGAAGCCGACAGUACCUCCAUCGUCUGGUCACCCUGCGGCGCCACGGGCAUGCUCAACAUCAACUCGCAGGUCCGCCUGACCAGCUCCAACUCCAGCGCCACUGGUCUGCUUACUACCGACUCUACUGAUCUCAAGUUCACCCAAGUAGUGUACGUGCAGUGGAAGAAGUGCACCAAAUAGCUAUAGAUGGCUAAUUAUGGCGUUUGCUUUUCUGUAGCCGAGCUAACACGACGAGCUUGAUUACCGUGCAAGGGCCGUGGGAAUUUAGUGUU